AUGUUGGUGUGGCCGACGCUCGUUUUGAGUGCGCACGCCGAGGGUCUGAAUGCCCGUCAGGAGCUUGAGGCGUCUGUUCGUGAGCACCACCCUCAGUUGCGUGAUGAGGAAGUCGACCUCAUUGUGGACGGUCGUCUACUACGCAUGGUUCGGGAGCGCGCGGCGGAGCAAGCACCUGCGAGCGGCCAGCAAGGAAGAACCGGUGAAGGAGGAGCUGUGCACGAGGCUCCAAGUGCUGUGGGCGUUAGUGGAGGAGCUCUUGCACCGACCAUUGACACGGGAAUGAUCGGGGCGAGCUACUGUCAAUUCAAGUUUGGAGUCGAACACAUCUCCGUGACGCCGCUGCUGGAGGGAAGGCACGACCUUACCGCGUGGGUCAGCGCCAUCCGAGCUCAGCUCCAGUGUGCUGAUUUGUGGCAGUUUUGCAACGGGACAGCACCAAGCCCGGCCCUGAACAACCCCUUGCAACGAAGGGAGUACGCAAAGGGCCAAAUGCUUGCAUUCAUGGUGCUGAACCAAUGUGUUUCUCCACCCAUCCGAAUGUCCAUCUCUGGUUUCUCUCAGCAAGAGAAAGUUGGGCAGCUAGCAUGGGCAUAUAUCUUGUCUACUUAUCAAAUUCGUGAUGCCCUCCACGCUUCCCUACUUCAGACCCAGUUAGCCCAACUCAGGAAGGGAGAUGAUGAGACGGCGGAAUCCUACUGCAAUAGGGCCCGCACCAUCCGAGCGGAGCUGCUGACCAUUGGACAGGAGGUCCAUACGGCCACGUUUGCCGCCCACGUGCUGAAGGGCCUACCACCGGAGUACGGAUUUCUUCGCCGCAAGCUCGAUAUUUCCAGCCCUGACAUGACGGUGGAACGCGUGUGCAGCGAGGUGUUGAUGGAGGAGCAGACUCUAUCCAUCGAACAGAGUUACAAGCAGAUCACCAGCGAUGCAUCUACUUUCUCGGGCGCUGUCAACACCAUCGUGGCUACAACGGGGGUCAACGGGAAGGAAGGAAAAGGGGGAAGGGAGCAGACGGACAAGAAGAAGGAUGACAAGUGGAAGAAGCGAGCCCCCUUCAAGGGGCGCUGCUACAACUGCAAUGAGGAGGGGCACAUGGCUGCCAAGUACCCCAACAAGAAGAAAGAUACAACGCAUGCGGCAGCCGCGAAUGUAGCUGAAGGAGACGGGAAGGGCGUGGCGCUCACCGUCACGUGUUCGGCUGCAAAGUUGCUGGCCGACGACAAGGACUUGUGGUUCCUUGACUCAGGAUGCUCCCAACACAUGACCGGCCACAAGGAGUGGUUCAUUGUGAUCCGUGACCCAUCUGCAACGAAAUCAGUCAAAGGGUUUGAUGGUUCUAUGCAGGAAGUUGCCGGUGUUGAGAAUGACGAAGCGGCCAGCCUCACAACAUAUGCGGUGGGGACCGAGGCGAUGCUCAACCUGCGGCACACUCACCUUGAGAAUGACCAUGCUGGUGCGGUGCAGUGGACAGCCACAAACAGUGGCAUGCUAGGCAUGGACCUAGAGAAAGGAGGGGAGGACACGUCGAGCGCCUCCUCCCAAGAAGCCAAACUCACUCGUCAAACGCUUCCGCUGCCUGACGAGCGAGAGGGGGAGGUUCUUGGGAUGGUCCACGGACCUGAGCAGAAUCAGCCGCCGUCACGUAUCAUCAUCAUAAUCCCAGUGCCGUCCGUGUAA